CACACAUUUCCUUUCUCGUCGAUUUGCUCGCUGCAUCUCCAAUCACAACACUUUCCUUCAAUUUCCUUACUCUUUUUGAUAAUGUAAGCUCAAUUUUCCUGCUAAACUUACCUACUCACUCACACAAUUACAAUCAUGGAUCUAACACAAACUUCUUCUGAUCAAACAAAAUCCAAUGACAACCAGCCAGAUGAAACUCCUCCUGCCCAUGAAACAAAGUCUACAGAAGCAGAAAUUGUUGAACAACUGCAAACAGACGAUGGAGUCAUCAACACAACAGAUGAUGAUGGUGCCAAGACAGACGAUAUCAAACCUGAAGACGACGAUGAGGUCAAGGUUGAAGUUUCUUCUCCCCUGCCUCCUGAUCUCGAUAAGGUUUCAGAAGAAAUAGAUCAAUUUAUCUCUGAAUCAUCAAACUUUAAAGGGGAUGAUGAUGAAUCUAAGCCUCCCGAUGUUCCUGUGUUUGUAGAACAAUUUGCUGUUCUUGUUGAAGCAAAAAUUGAUGAAUAUGAUGGCGGUGAUGCACCCGUCAAAUGGAGCCAGCUAGCUCAGGAGGAAGCCACAUCAUUUUUAAAUAUUGUAGAUCGAAUCUCCAAGCUAUUUACCUCCCUCUGUCGAUUUUCUUCAGAGUACAAAUAUGCUUAUUCAAUCAGCCGCGUCGAUGGUGUUCUUCAACGAGCAAUGUCCUACAUAGAGGAAGAAUACAAGUCAAUCCUCUACGAUUACAAGAUCAAUACUGAUUCAGAUAUCACCAAUUUAGACACUUCUUCUGCCAAGCCUAACCUUAAUUCUUCAUCAUCAGACACCAAUCAAGAUGCAGAACAAGACACUGCUUCUGAAUCUAAACCUUCUGAAGAAAAUAAAUUUCCAGGCUACUCUGAGGAAAUCGUAGACACAUUGAAUAAAUUUUCCAAAGCCUUGAUUGCAGGAGGCUAUGAAGCAGAAUGCUGUCAGGUCUAUUUCAUCGCACGGAGGAAAGCUUUGGAGGAAAGCUUGCAUAAGCUUGGCUUUGAAAAAUAUAGCAUCGAGGAUGUGCAGAAGAUGAAUUGGGAACCAUUGGAGAGAGAGGUUACUGCUUGGAUUGCAACAUUCAGGCACUGCACUAAUGUGCUCUUCUCCAGUGAACGCAAGCUGGCGGAUGCCGUGUUUGAGGAUCAACCAUCAAUUUCUGAGACCAUCUUCAGCAAUUUGUCUCGAGGUAUGAUGAUCCAACUCCUUAAUUUCGCUGAAGCCGUUUCCAUGACAAAACGGGCUGCUGAAAAACUCUUCAAGUUUCUCGACAUUUAUGAGACGUUGCGGGAUUUUAUCCCUUUGGUGGAUAAGAUAUUUCCAGUUUCUUACGCUGAUGAACUCAAGGCUGAAGCCACAUUGAGUCGGGGCCGCUUAGGGGAAUCCAUGGUUUCUAUCUUUUCGGAGCUGGAAAACUCAAUCCAGGGGGACUCAAACAAGACCGCGGUUCCAGGUGGUGCUGUUCAUCCUUUAACUCGGUACAUCAUGAAUUAUCUGAAAUAUGUAGGGGAGUACAGAGACACGUUAGAGCAGGUAUUCAGAGAACAUCAAAUGAUAGAAAGAGCUGACUCAGCCACGGGAUCGGAUUUUGAUUGUCAAAAUCCACAAGCGGGUCAGAGUAGUAAUAAUAAUAAUAGUAAUAAUACGUCAUCGAAUAAACUAUCACCGUUUGAGACGCAUAUGAUAAAAGUGAUGGAUCUAUUGGAUUCAAAUCUGGAGGGAAAAUCAAGGCUUUACAAAGACACUUCACUCAGUUCAAUAUUCAUGAUGAAUAACGGACGAUACAUCUUGCAAAAAAUAAAAGGAUCUCCAGAGAUGAAUAGCCUGAUGGGGGAUCAAUGGUACAGAAAGCGAUCUUCAGAUCUAAGACAGUACCACAAGAAUUACCAAAGAGAAACGUGGGGGAAAUUGUUGCAAUGUUUAAACCAUGAGGGAUUGAAUGUUAAUGGGAAAGUGAAUAAACCAAUAUUAAAAGAGAGGUUCAAAAGUUUCAAUGCAUUGUUUGAUGAGAUACACAAGACGCAGAGCAGUUGGGUGAUUAGCGACGAGCAAUUGCAAUCGGAGCUGAGAGUUUCCAUAUCAAACAUGGUUAUACCAGCGUACAGGUCAUUCUUGGGAAGGUUUAGUCAAAUAUUUACUCCGGGAAGGCAGACGGAGAAGUAUGUAAAGUACCAACCUGAAGAAAUUGAAACAGACAUUGAUGAGCUAUUCGAUGGAAAUGCUACGCCAUGGGGGAGGAAGAAAUUGUAAUCCAUAUAUUUAUUAUAUUAUUAUUAUCUAGAGAGAGAGAUCAGUUGAUGAUCAAUAACGUUUCUUUUUGUGUUGUAACUUUCUUUUUUUUUCUUUUUUGGGUUAUUCUUCAUGUUUGUAGUGGUACCUAUACAGUACUCAAUUAAUUAAACUUUUUAAUCUUUUCUUUCUCUUUUAAGUUUUA